AUGUCUGAUUUGUUGGUGCAAAUAUAUUUCGGAUACGCGCUGGCUAUAGGCAUAACUUCGAAUCGGAUGGUAGGCUCAAUCUUUAAGCAGACAUGUUUCUCCAGAUGUUAUGCACUGGUCGUGAAUAUCGCAACCCUCGUGCUAACUCCACCACUUCUUUGGGAGUCACGGAAUGGUUUUCGGGGAUCUCAUUCCUACCCAAAACUUAUUUUGAUCACCUUCCAUGUGCGAUACCUGGUCGCGUAUGCGGUCAUAUUAUAUACGGUAUUAUCGCGCGGCUUUCGGGACAGAGCCCUAAAGGAGGUGCAGCCCCUUCUCAUCAAGUUAAUGCACGAGGAAAAGCGUAAUGGAAGGCAGAGGCUCAGACGAUCCCUCCUGCUGCCCCUCUACCUGAAGUUCUUCAUGGCGAUUUACAUGUGCUUGACUAUAUGGAUAUUCCACUUUUACUCUGGCCCGGAAAUUAAUUGGAAGACAAUAGCUAAAAUUAUAUUUCUAGGCAAUGCCCUCAACAUCCUAGAGAUCGUCCCCAUGGGCUACUUUUUGGCACUGUGGCACAUUGCCAGUGGCUAUAACUUUGUCAACCAACGGUUGGACGCAAUCAUGGCAUCCACUCCCGUUGAUUUGGAGGAACUACAAAACAUUUGGUCGCUUCAUGCUGCAUUAACCAGAACAGCGAAAAGGGUCAAUAAGAUAUAUGGCCUUCAGAUGCUGGCAAAUCGCUUCGAUAACUUUAUUUACGGUGUGAUCAAUGCCUACUGGGGAACGUUUUUCACCUUCGACGCCGAUACGAAUUUUGUAUGGGUGGUCAUUGGUUCCGUCACGUAUUGGAUCCGAUGCGUGGACUCUUAUUUGAUCGACCACAUGAGCGACUUGGUCAUGCGAUACCAGAACUCACCAAAGCAUGCCUGGAGCGAAAGAUGCUGGUCGCAAGAGAUCAACUCCUAUGUGACCUAUGUUAGCAGCUCCAAGCUACAGCUUCGAACAUGUGGCCUCUAUCAAGAGAAUCGAAGUCUAUGGUUCGAAACGAUUAGUAGCAUUUUGUAUUACUAUAUAAUGCUCCUACAGUUUCACCUGGUGAUGAGGAAUUAA